AUGUCACAAUCGCUGGUAAACGGUCCCACCUUUUUCGAACCUUUGGAGGUUAUCAAGCCAUUGCAAUUCUCUUUGAUAGGCUCUGGGGCAAUUGCCACGGCUUUCCCAAUAUAUUCCGCUAAGGAUGUCCCAGACUCUCUUAUUGAUUUCAUGCACGCGCAAUUUAAUCGUGAGAUCGAGGAAGGUCUUACGUAUCCUUACGCCAAGCCUCUCACAAGGGAUGAAUUUCUCAAUUCGUGGUUUCUCUCUUUCUGCACUAUUGUGCUAAAGACAGACAAACUUCAGAUUGACCCCUCUUGGACGAACUGGGAGAAACUACUAUUGGGUACGUUCUACAUUAAGCCUAACUAUUCAGGGAGGUGCUCCCACAAUUGCAAUGCUGGGUUUUUGGUGAACCCUGCCCAGAGGGGCCAGAAAAUUGGCAUGCGCUUGGGCCAAAUCUACCUAAAGUGGGCUCCUUUAUUAGGAUACAAAUAUUCUGUUUUCAACCUCGUGUUUGUGACAAACCCUGCGAGUUGGAGGAUUUGGGAUAAACUACAAUUUGAUAGAAUCGGAUACAUCCCUAAGGUGGCCCUUUUGAGGGGGCACGAAGAGCUCGUGGAUGCCAUUAUGUUUGGGAAGGAUUUAACAAAAAUCGAUCCCAAGCUAACUGAAGAUCUUCACUUGUAA